CUCUUUCCUUCCCAUAUUAUAUUUUCACCACUAACCCACCUUCAUUUGUCUGUCUGUGUCUUUAGAGAGAGAAAAACUCACAAGAUUUCAUUUUUUUUAGAGAGAGAAACACACUAACCAAAUCAAAUACUGGGUUUGAAAUGAUGAUGAUCCAUCGCCAACAUCCGACGGUUGAUAUUCCUCAAUGGGACCCACCUUAUGAAGAUCCAACGACCCCCAUUUUCUCCCCUCAAACAAACGAUUACUUUGCUGCUUUGAAGAGGUAUUUACCGUCAUCUGAGUUUGAUGACUCGGACACUGAGUCGAGUGAUCUCCCCUUUGACUCGUUUACAUUCGACAACUUCCGAAUGUACGAGUUUAAGGUACGGAAGUGCGUACGUGGCAGGUCACAUGACUGGACUGAGUGUCCGUACGCUCACCCGGGUGAGAAGGCUCGUCGGAGGGACCCACGGAAGUACCAUUACUCCGGCACGGCGUGCCCGGAGUUCCGCCGUGGGAGUUGCCGGAAAGGUGACUCGUGUGAGUACGCGCACGGGGUGUUCGAGUGCUGGCUUCACCCCGCACGGUACAGGACUCAGCCGUGCAAAGAUGGGCCUCACUGUAAACGCCGUGUUUGCUUCUUCGCUCACUCGCCUGAGCAGUUGCGUGUCCUUCCUUCGCUCUCCGAGUCACCCCGCCGACUCGGAGGUGGUGACACGUGUAAGGGUUUUGUCGGGUAUUCGCCGACAUCGGUGUUUGACUCGUUUCCCGACUCGCCGCCGUUGUCGCCGUCAGUGAGUGAGCUUGCUAGUGCUAUGAGAGGGUUACAGUUGGGUAAGCUUGGGAUGGGCUUGAACCCAAACCCGAGUCCGAACCCGAGCCCAAACCCAAACGCAGGCCCAAGGAAUGUUUGGGGGGUUCAGAUGGGGUGUUCUUCGCCGAGAAGUCCAAGAGGGUUUAUGGGAAGUGGGCUUUGUGGUGGGUCAAGUGGGCCGACAACUCCGAAUAGAUCUGGGCUUGGGCUAUUUGACCCGUUUGAAGUGGGUUUUGAGGAGGAAGUUCCAAUGGAAAGAGUUGAAUCAGGGAAAGAUUUGAGGGCAAGGAUGUAUGCGAAGCUGAGUAAGGAGAACUCGCUGGAUUGUGACCGAGUUAACUCAGUGAGUUCUGGGCCUGAUUUUGGGUGGGUUUCUGAUCUAAUCAAGUGAGGGUAUUUUCGGUAAUUCAUGAUUGUGAAUAGGAUGAUGAUGAAGACGAAUUUCAACUUUUUCUAGUGUAAAUAUUGUUUGGAAAAAAAAAUAUUUGAGGAAAAAAAAAAUUAAGAGGUGAAAUUACUAAAAUGUCUCCUAUUUUGAGAGAUGCUUUUUUGGAGGCAUUUGGUUGACGGGGUAAAAAUGGAAAUUUCAAAAAAAAAAAAGGGAAAAAGAUGAAUGUACAGAUGGCGAAGAUCUAUUAGUGAUUGGAUGAUUUGGAAGUAUUAAGAUGUUUAUCUACUUUUAUUUUUCUUUUUUUAAUUUUAAAUUUUUUUUGGAGGGUAGUCGGAAUUUGUAUUUUGAAUGCACUUCUGUUCAUUGUUAUUGUUCUACGGCCUAUAUUAUGAUGUUAAUUAUGGUUAUGGGUCUAAUUUCGAGAUUAUUGAUUUUCUGAUGAUUAUGAAAAAUAUUACUGUACUCCGUAGUAUUAUGUAAUUAGAGCGUUUUAUCUUGGUUUCAAUCAAUGUGAAUUGUUAAAAUUUAUGUUA